AUGGGUUCAGUAUCGUCAUUUUUACAUUCAAAAACACCAAAAGAGGUGAUCUCUAGCCGUCAAGUACAGACCAAAUAUGGUGUUGUACAAGGACGACGAAUUGUUGACGAAAUGGAUUUACAAGUUGAUGCUUUUUUGGGUAUACCGUUUGCCAGACCGCCGACUGGUGAACGCAGAUUCAAGAGGCCAGAACCACCGGAACCCUGGCAAGGUGUUUUGGAGGCAACAAAAUUUGGGCCUCGUGCACCACAGGUUGAUUUCUUUUGGGAACGAUGGAGUUUGGGUGUUGGGAAGUCUGAAGAUUGUCUACGGUUAAAUGUAUUUUCGCCAGCUUGGGAACCAGGCGAAGACCAACCUAAUGGAUUCGCAGUUAUGGUUUUCAUACAUGGCGGAGCAUUUCUGAUUGAUUCAGCUGUCAAAUAUGGAGAUGUUGGGAUCUGCUCAAAUCUUUGUCUUCAUGAUGUUAUUGUUGUAACAAUACAAUAUCGUUUGGGAUAUUUGGGUUUCUAUACAACCGGUGACAGCAACUGUUUGGGAAAUUUAGCAUUAUGGGAUCAAACUGCUGCACUGAAAUGGGUUAAAGAUAAUAUUGCUGCAUUCAGCGGCGAUCCUGAUCGAAUAACUGUUUUUGGCCAAAGUGCUGGUGGUGUCAGCGUUGAUCUUUUAUCACUGUCACCAGAGUCUAGAGACCUCUUCCAGCAGGUGAUACCAAUGGGUGGUAAUGCCGAAUGUGCCUGGGCUAUUACCGAUAAGCAGCAUAUUGUCAAUGUUUGUCAAAAAUUUGCCCGUAAACUUGGAUGGAACGGUACAGUAACAGAUCCAGAAAAACAGGAGCAGUUGCUGCAUUUUUUGCGUAAGAAGCAGCCAAGAUUGUUUGAACGUGGUUUGCUAGGAAAAAAUGGCGUUAACUUCAACAAAAUUGGUUUGGAGUUAGCACCAUAUGUUGAUGGAGAAUUUUUACCUAAACCGAUCUCUCAACUCCGAAAAGAAGCUCCAAAAAAACGAUGUUUAGUUGGUACUUGUGAGUAUGAAGGACUACUUUUUGCUUCUCUUGGUUCGCACCAUUUUAAUCUGGAAGGUAUUGAAAAACUGCUCCGUACUGCAAUUCCAAACAAUAAAUAUCGUAGCGCCAAAGAACUUCGGCAGAAGGCUCAGGAAAUGUAUUUGCAAGGCGUUGAUAAAAACGACAAAAGUGCUGUAACUCGAGUCUAUACCAAGUUAUACAGCGAUCUAUUUGUAAAUAAUGGUACUUAUUCAUAUGUAAAAUCAAUGUGUAAAGCGGGUCAUACUGUGUAUCUGUACAGCUUCGACUAUUUCAAUCCAAAAAGUUUUGGACUUUUAUCAUUUCGACUUCCCUUUAAAGCAGCAACACACUGCACUGAAAUGACAUAUUUGUUUGGACAGAGCAUCGUGUUUCCUUUCAAAUUAAACGCCCAAGAUAAACUUGUUCUGGGAAUGAUGACUAAGAUGUGGACCAAUUUCGCAAAAUAUGGAGAUCCGAAUGGCAUUCAAGGAUUCCCGGGACCAACGUGGAAACCGGCUACUGAGGAGCAUUAUGAUCUUCAUUUGAGUAUUAGCCUUCGAUCACGAAUGCGAAACGGUUAUGAGGGAAAACGAGGCGAAUUUUGGGAAUGGGUACGAAACACCUGCUUAAAACGUGAAUCCAGUGACAGUUGA